CAUAAUUAAGCUUCCCCUACCUUUGCCACCAAAGAAAUCUGAGCAAGCUGGCUUAAUAAUCGAAGUUAACACACUGCAUUUGCUCGAGAUAUCGCUAAGCAAGACCUUUUAAUAAUCGACAAUGGAAUCAUUAUUUUUUUCUUCUCUCUCUGGAUGCCGCCAUGGCGCCAUGUUACCUCUUGCGCGUCCGGCGGUCCGUAGGGCUGCCACCUGAUUAUAUAUUCGGUGCAUGCCACCCCCUCGUUUUAUUCUUCCAGCUCCCGGCCAGCAUCCACUCCCAGCCUCUUAAGAUCCAACAAGUCCCUCACUAGCGGUGUACGGUGCCGUUGUGUGUGUAGUAAGUAGGCACGUACGUGAUGGGCGACGACGGCGGGAAGGCGGCCACCACGACGAUCGUGCGUCUGCGGGAGCUGCUGCACAAGUGGGCGCUCGGUGCCAGGGGCGACGCCGACGACGGCGAGGAGGAGGAGGAGGAGGAGACGCACGCGCCGGCGGCGGGGGCGGUGGUGUCGGCUGCGCCGUCGUCGAUCCCGCCGUUCGUGCUGCGGCGGCUGACGAGGACGGCGACGGUGGACUCGGACGACGAGGGCUGCCACAGCCCGGAGGCGGCGCCGGACGUGCCGAGGGGCUACUGCCCGGUGUACGUGGGGCCGGAGCAGCGGCGGUUCGUGAUACCGACCAGCUACCUGGGGCACCCCGUGUUCCGGCUCCUCCUGGAGAAGGCCGAGGAGGAGUUCGGGUUCCGGCACGAGGGCGCGCUCGCCAUCCCCUGCGAGACCGAGGCCUUCAAGUACAUCCUCCAGUGCGUCGAGCGCCACGACAAGGGCCUUGCCGCCGACGACGUCGACGUCGACGGUAUGUUCCCCGUCGUCGACUAGCUCCCGAGACGCUUGCAUACUACAGUAGCGCAGGAUGGAUCACUUAACCGUGUGAUGGAUUCAUCUGUUGUAACAAUGUUCUGAAUUACUAUGUUCGUUUGCAUUCAUUUUCAGAAGAAGGGCGCGCUGCGCUGUAGAUAGUGUCUGUAACGCUGUAAUUUCUGUCUCUUUUUUUUCCAAGGAAAAUACCUAAAUAUACGAUCAAGAAUUAAAUUGGUCCGUCGAA